AAUGAAUCAAAUAGCAACUUUUCUUCUCUGCACUGCAGCAGUUUUUGGAAAACGUCUCGAAAUUUGCAUACAGGAUAAAUUUGAAGAAGAGUGCCAUAAUGGAAUUUUAAUAGUUACUAAAGCAUGGUAUGGUCGAAUGAAUUCCAAAUCAAUGUGCCUAAACAAUCAAGAUGUUUCUCUAUCCCCUGAUAAGUUAUGUAAGAAAGAUGUCACUAAGCCUCUUCAAACAGAUUGUAACGGAAGAAAGCUAUGUAGUAUUCCUGUUUACAAAUUAGUUCAGUAUGAACAGUGCUCAGGUGUCCUGGGUUAUUUGGAGCUCUUUUAUUAUUGCCAGGAAGGUUAG